UCGGGUGGCAGAAAAAAAGUGCGACCCUACGACCAGUUCAUCUCCCCGCACCCCACUCGUGAGUCGUGACCCUUCGCUAAUGGCUUCACCACCCCACCCCUGAUCACAUAACUCCGCUCCACCUCCAUGGCUUGUGCCGCGGCGACUGCGCCGCCGCCUCUUCGCAUAGUCUCACGCUCAAGCUCCACAGAAAAGAAGCAAAAGAUCGAGAAGAAGCGCGCAGCCUUGGAAGAUGUUUUCCAAGUUGCACGGCGCGACAGGGCGUUCGUGAGCGAGCGCCUGCGCUGGGCCGCAGAGCCACUCCGUCCGAUUCCCAAGCACGUAUCUGAGGUUUUUAGUGACAUCUUUUGGCUCCGCUUCUUGGAAAACAACCAAGCUCAGUAUAUCCCACGGCAGCGGUCCUCAUGGCCCUGUGUUUCUUAUCCUCCAGGAUUGUCUGGCUCUGACAUAUUAAUGGCUGAUAUUGAAGCUCUGAAGACUUAUUCUGAUUACAUCCAACACUUUUUAUCAGUUUGGAACAUGCCUUUACCCGAGUUCUAUGACCCUGAAAAAGUCGAAGUUUAUUUUAAUUGUCGACCUCAUGUUUUAUUCUUUAGACUACUCGAGGUUUUCUUUUCAUUUUCUUAUGCUGCAAUACGGUUGCAACUCACAAGAAUUUUCAAGUUUAGCACGAAAGAUUUAGGUGGGAAAAGCAGCUUGGGUGAUACGGUCGGUCAAUUUUUAAAAGAAACAAUGUUGAAUCUUGGCCCAGCUUUUAUCAAAGUUGGCCAAUCACUUUCUACAAGGCCUGACAUAACUGGUUCAGAAAUUUCCAAGGCACUUUCUGAAUUGCAUGACAGAAUUCCACCUUUUCCAAGUGCGGUGGCGAUGAAGAUAAUUGAGAUGGAGUUGGGAGGGCCUGUCCAGAACUACUUUAGUUACAUUUCUGAGGAGACUGUUGCUGCUGCUUCAUUUGGUCAGGUUUCUAUUGACACAUCAAGGCUCGCCGGUUCUAUGCCAAUAGUUGUAGAAAAUUUGUCAGCGCUGGACAGUCACAUUCGGGUUUAUAAAGGACGAACACAUGAUGGAUGUACUGUGGCCAUAAAAGUUCAACGUCCAAACUUGCUACAUUCAGUUGUUCGAGAUAUCUAUAUUCUUCGUCUUGGGCUUAAUGUUUUGAAGAAAGCAGCAAAAAGAAAGAAUGAUCUUUACCUUUAUGCUGAUGAGCUCGGCAAAGGAUUAGUUGGUGAGCUGGAUUACCGAAUAGAAUCUGCAAAUGCCUCCGAGUUUUUGGAAGUUCACUCCCAGUAUUCAUUCAUGUCGGUUCCAAAAGUGCUUGUACAUUUGACCAGCAAAAGAGUUUUGACAAUGGAGUGGAUGGUAGGUGAAAGUCCCUACAACCUACUGUUACGUUCAGGAGCAUAUGGCGUAGAGUUGGAUGAAUUCACGAAGGUUCAGCAAAUGGAGGCAAAAAGAAGUCUACUUGAUUUGGUUAGUAAAGGAGUGGAAGCAACAUUAGUUCAACUACUUGAGACAGGAUUAUUGCAUGCUGAUCCGCAUCCUGGGAACUUGCGCUAUACAACUGAAGGAUGCAUUGGAUUUUUGGAUUUUGGUCUUCUUUGCCGGAUGAAACAAGAACAUCAAAUUGCUAUGCUUGCAUCCAUAGUCCAUAUUGUAUAUGGAGACUGGGAAGCUCUUCUUGGUGAUUUGGCCUCAAUGGAUGUUGUAAGGCCGGGAACUAAUAUCCGUCGUGUGACAGCGGAUUUUGUUGAGACCUUAGGUGAGAUCGACUACAGAGAUGGAAUCCCUGACAUCAAAUUCAGUUUGGUUCUUGGUAAAAUUUUGUCUAUAGCACUCAAACAUCAUUUCCGUAUGCCACCAUAUUAUACACUCGUAUUGCGCUCGCUGGCUUCAUUGGAGGGAUUGGCAGUAGCGGCAGACGAGAACUUUAAAACAUUCCAAGCUGCCUAUCCUUAUGUUGUGAAGAAACUUCUUUAUGAAAAUUCAGCCUCAUCAAGAAGAAUCUUAUAUUCGGUCAUCUUCAACAAGAGAAGGGAAAUCCAAUGGAUGAAGAUAUUACUAUUUCUGAAAGUAGGAUCCCUUAGAGUAGAGUCGAUGGAGAUUAACAGGAACGGAAGUAAUGAGCUCGAAACCCAGAAAAGUGAGCAUGAUGUUUCCCAGCCAGUAAACCUGAUCUUAAGGCUUCUACCUUCAAAGGAUGGUGUUGUACUAAGAAGAUUGAUGGUGACAGCGGACGCUGUUUCCCUCUGUAGAGUAAUGAUUUCAAAAGAUGCAAUCUUAUUUCGCCAGCACAUCAGCCUCAUCCUUGCUGAUGUAAUCUACGCUUGGAUGAACAAAACCAUAUGUGGUGAUGAUGAACCCUGGAGCCAAUAUAAGGGUCAGAAAAUUAAAACAGAAGCAGCAGCAAAAAUUACAGGAGUUUCUAAUUUUUAUGCUAUAAUGAGAGACCGCAGGCUGAAAGUGAUAUUUUACAGGAUGAUGAGGCAAGUAAGAAGCCAUCCUGUACUGAUGCUCAGGUCUUGCUGGAGCUGUUUCACCAUUGCAUUCAUGGCUUUGUUAAUUUCAUUGUCUCGGUUUAUUGCCAGCUGCUCCCAAUCUUUCUUCAAUUCUCUCGCAUUUGUGCCUCGCAGAAUUGCACUAAGCUUGUAACAUAUAUAUAUAUAUAUAUAUAUAUAUAU